AGGCCAAGUUCAAGGUCAUUAUAGCAUCAUUCGUCAGGUUCAUAAUCAAUCAUCAGAAUGAAGAGUUUUAUGGUUCCUGUAAUCAUGGCCUUGCUUGGCUUUGCCCUCGUGACCUUGGCUGACUUUGGAAAAAUGAAAGCUGAGGAAGCCCAAAUCAUUGAUAACUUUGAGAGUGGCAUGUUUGACGAAUUCAUUUCCAUAGAGACUGAAGUCAACGAUUCCGAUGUGGACGAUAAGGAUCUUGAAGACAUGGAUGGGGAUGAAGAUAGGCUCCUUCAAUGUGCAUGGUGUCGCUUGAGAUGUAUGGCCCAAUGUGCCGUAGCUCCCAAUGGAACUUGUACUUGCACCAAGAUGUUCCUCGGUAUCUUCCCAAUAUCAACCACCUCAAUUCCUUGUACAUAGACCUAUCAUACUAAGCGAAAAAACCUGAUGCGAUAUGUCAUGUUCAUUUGUAGCUUUUAGGAGUCACGUUUUUUUGCUCUGAAUAAAGGCUUUCUACCCCUUU